UUCCAUGAUGGCUGAAGAUCCUGGUGGAACAUUUUUCAAUUUCUCUGUCGUUUUUCUUUCUUUCUCUCUACCUCCGCUUGCCAUAGAGACAUGGCAGGACUCACAGGCCCGUUAAGUGUCCAAAGAUUAUUGGUGUCGACAUGCCCAAGAAAGGGAACCGAAAACGGCUGAAAUUCAAGGCCGGGGACGUUUGUUCGGAAUCAGUGACUGUUGCUGAUUAUGCUGAUGCCGACCCAGCCGUUGUGAAGUCAGGGAGGGUGAAAAAAGCUGUGGCAAAUGCAGUUGAAAAAGAAGUGAAAUUCCUCUGCGGGCUGGAAGCGUCUCAGGGUGCUGUUGAGGAGGUCCUCUCCUCUGCAGCGAACGACGCCUUGGAAAGCAGUGAUGACCUAGACCCCGGAGAAGAUGCAGAAAGUGAAACUAAAGUUGCCCGCAAGAAGAAAAACAAGAGGAGAAAGGAAAGCAGUGAGAGCAGUGAUGGGCAGGACUAUCCAGUGGAUAUUUGGUUAGUGCUCUCCUCUUACAUUCGACCUGAAGAUGUUUGUAGAUUCGCUCUCAUCUGCAGAAAUGCUUGGAUAGUCACUUGCACGGCAGCUUUCUGGACCAGGCUCUACAGAAGACACUACAGGAUUGAUACUGACCUGCCGUACCGUCUUCAGCCCGACUCUAUUGGCAGGAUGCAGUGUUUACGGGCCCGUGUGAUUCGCUCCCUUUUCCAUUUGUAUGAGCCGUUUGACUUGCGUGUAUCUAAAAUACCUGCUCUGCCAGAAUCAACACCCACAGCCCUACUUAACUCCAAGUGUUUGCUGUUCUGGGUUAGAAAGGUUAUAGGGACUCGGCCAGAUGCAUUGUGGGAAUUCAACUUUAAGUUUUUAAAACAGCCGGUACACAGUAAGAAUGGUUGUGCCAAGUCCUUGCAAAUGCCCAGACAAUAUAUAGAUGUCCAUUCAAACCCAGACUCUGACUGCUACAUACUUCAGGUCACCACCCUAAACUUCAUCUUCACCCCUGUGGUCAUGGGCAUGACGCUGACCCUGUUCACAAUCAACAUUAGCACAGACAUGCGCCACCACCGUGUUCGUCUGGUGUUCCAGGACUCUCCGCUCCAGCGAGGGAAGAAAAGGGGCGAUCAGGGCGGGACCCAGGUGGUGUUAGAUCCCGUACAGAGUGUGAGGCUCAUGGACUGGUGGCACCCACAGUACCCCUCCUCACCCUACACGUAGAAGGCCCUGCCCCCUCAAACCUUCUACAGCAAACCAUCACAUCAAGAUCCUUGCUGUUGUCUUCUUCCACUCACCACAGAAAAACAACAACCCAUUGGCUUAAUAUGGCGAACACUCUUAUUACAUUCAGCAGCAAAGUUUUUGCACAUUCACAUUUUGAUUGUCUGCUGUAGAUGUUAAAGAAAGCCGACAUUGACCUGGCCUUAGAUUGGAUGCAAAUGCUACAUUAAGUGUCAAAUCAUAAGUGUGUCCACCUCAGCAUCACACCCUACUUGUAGUGUUACUGAGACUUAGUAUAUUGUGCUUUAUUAGCACUUUAUGUAAAUCAAGUUCUGCGAGGUCCAUCCACUUGUAUUCAUAGGGAAACAGGGUUUGUUAUACAAAUCAGCCAUUUCUUACCACACAGUGACGAAACCCUUUAUCUUUGAACAACUCCUCAGCUGGAGCAGUUCCUCUGUCUCUCUCUGGGCUGAGUAAUAUGAAAAAAGAUACAAAUUUAUUUGACAUGAUUUAGUGAAAUAAGUAGUAUAUUUGAUAACUUUUCAUAUAUUACAAAUUACAUCCACUUGUUUGGUGGUUUCUUAAUUUGUCUCUUCUAUAAAGCAAAGUAAUGAAAAUUGAAAACUUAAAAUAAUUAUUUUUGGUGUAAUCUUACUUUAAGAAAAGAUGCAAAGUUAUAUCAGAUGAAAUUGCACAUUAUGUUUUACUAUUUAAAAACUUCCAUAUGACGAAGAUAAAAUUCAAAGAUGAAAAUUGUGGGACAUAUUGCUCAGCCCUAGACGUGGCAAAAACAAACAUGUAUUCAUUGCAAUCAGAUUAUUUGAAUGAUUUUUAAGACCCUAUUAGUUAAUAUAGACAGAAUCAACUUGUGACAGUUGAUGUUGUUAUGGAUGAACAGGGUGGAACAUUUUUCCAUCCUCUUGUUUAUUUUAAAUUCACUUGAAAAUGUACUCAAACAUAUCUUUGUUUUGCAUUGAUCUGACUAAUUAAUAUUUUGCAUCACAAGAUCAUGAUUACCUCUUUAAAAAGUGAAAUGUCCCUAUUAUGUGACUAUCAUGACAUUUGUCUGUGCUUGAAGGGCCAAAGAGAUACCUCUGAAUUUAUCGUCUCAUCUGCUGAUUUGGGCAGUGUUAUCUUUUUUUUUAUGUUUCUUGGCUGAAAUAAUUUUGUCUCCUUGCUGAUAAUGUGAGCCAUGUCAUCCACUGCCUCAACUCGGGAUGCCUCAGAGUUGCUACAGUUUUCAGUCUUUUGAGUGUUAAAUGUGUCAAAUUAUAUAAAUCACCUGCUUCAUUAUGAUGGGGUUAAGACAUGAAUUUAUCCAUCUGCCAUUUACAGUGGAAACUGUUUAACUUGAUUGAAUUUGCACUUAUACAAACAUUUGAAUGAAAAAAAGACAUCAGCUUAAUCACAUACAGUACUAGAAAUAAAAAACAAGUUGGUUGAUGCUGUUACCACAUGGCAGAAGACCGCUUGAUGUUUUGUUAAGCAGUGGGUGAUGUCUGCAUUGGUAAAUAAAUGUACUGCACUGAAAUUAAAUCUGAAACUGCCCAUCCAAA